AUGCAGCUUUUCACACGAGUUAUCCUGUUGGCCGUGACUGUCUUCAGCGUCAGUGCCGUGCCGCGUUUGGCAGAGGACAUUGGUCUGGAGCAGGUCCUGUUUCGCAUGGUCCUGGGCGAGGCUGAGGGUCGAGGUCUGACCCCAGCUGCCCAGACUUGUGCCAACAUCUACCUGAAUACCACACAGAAGAACGGCGAUAGCCUGGCCAAUGCCACCAAUGCCUGCGAGGAGGCAGCCAACCGCACCAACGUGGCCUACACCCAGACCAGCAACUCCACCAUCAACCAGAUCCGUCAGCAGCUGUUGACCCUGGAGCAGAACCUGCAACUGUGCCGCAACGAGACCGAUUCCGCUCUUUUCCUCAACUGCACUGUGUCCACGUUCGACAAGAACCUCCAGCUGCUGGACACCUCCAACUCGCAGGCCUACCGAGCUCAGUCCCAGUUCGUGUCCAAUGCCACUCAGGUGAACGCCGAGAAGUCGAACUGCAUCAGCUCCGCUGUCAGCGAGGCCAAGGUCCAGUCCAUCCAGGCGGCCAAUGACUUCAACUCCUGCCUGGACAAGAUUGCCGCCCAGCGUGAGGUGCACCAGCAGAUGGAGCAGCAGCAGCAGGUGAAGCCCGCCCAGGCGCCCAAGGAGCAGGUGCCUCCGAUGCCCCAGCUGAUGUUCCAAGAUCUGCCUUUGACCAACUAA